AUGGCAUCUACAGAAACUGUCCAGGCCUUGGUUUUACACGGUGCAAAGGACUUGAGGCUGGAGACGAGACCACCACCUGUGCUGCAACAUGGGGAUGUCCAAAUAGCAGUCAAGGCAACAGGCAUCUGCGGUUCAGACUUACACUACUUCAACUUGGGGCGCAACGGAAAUUUUGUCGUUCAGUCGCCACUCGUCCUUGGCCAUGAAGCAUCAGGCGUUGUCACUGCGGUUCCUGACGCCACGAAUGGGGACAAGACUGCCGAUGUCGCUUCACCGAAUCUCAGGGUGGGUGAUAGAGUGGCCUUGGAAGUCGGUUUCCCCUGUCGCUCGUGCACCCAGUGUAGUACUGGUCGAUACAACCUGUGUUCCAGGCUGUCUUUUCGAUCUUCUGCAAAGACAUUCCCUCACACCGACGGGACGCUGCAAACGGUGAUCUCACAACCAGCCAACAUGUGUCAUAAAUUGCCAGAGAAUGUCACUUUCGAACAAGGUGCCCUCGUGGAGCCCUUGGCCGUCUCACUACACGCGUUGAACCGCAGUCAGAGUGCAGGGUCGGGGGUUGGAGUGCCUUUGGUGGGCUCAACCGCCUUGGUCCUGGGCGCGGGCGCCGUGGGAAUGCUGACUGCUGCAGCAUUGUCAGUCGCUGGAGUAUCCGAGAUUGUCAUAGCAGACAUCGAUGCCCCGAGAUUAAAGAUCGCCGCAACGCUGGGUGGUGGCAAGUUUAAGUUGAAGACUUUCCUCCUUCCCCGGAAGUCCCCCGCCUCAACGAUUUCAGAGACUCUGGCGGAAGUCCAGGAACAGGCGGCGGAAAUCUGCAAGUCGGUAGGAGUAGAGGCCGGGUUUGACCGCGUGUUUGAGUGCACAGGAGUUCCAUCGUGUGUCCAGAUGGGCAUCUAUGCAGCCACAGCAGGCGGGAAGCUCAUCCUAGUUGGAAUGGGCACGCCAAUUCAGACACUGCCUUUGGGUGCGGCUGCUCUGAGGGAAGUGGACAUUAUCGGUGUGUUCCGAUAUGCCAACUGUUAUCCUGCGGCCAUCGCACUCUUUGCCAGUGGCCAGUUGGACGGUGUUGCCGAGGACCUGGUCUCCCAUCGGGUGGCACUUGCGGACGGGGAGAAGGCCUUCAGAAUUGCUACUAAUCAAGGGCGGGAAGGAGAGGACGAGGGGAGGGUACCUGUCAAGGUGGUGAUCACAUCAUAG